AAAUGCUAAAAAUGUCAAAAUCCCAGAACAUUUUAAAGUAUCGGGCCUUCUGCAUUUGGAGGCGUGUGUCUUUAAAAAAAUGCUGUAAAAUAAAUUCUGGCCCCGUAAAGCCAGAAUAAAAAGUCCUUCCCCAGUGCUGAAAAAAUGUAUUUUGCACCAAACAGUCCUCGCGUGUUUCAUGUUCUUGUGCCUCUUUUGUUUUAAGUAUUUUUUUUUACUUCUGUACAACAAUUAACAAUCACAGGGAGUUAUAAUUUUACACAGCUGAUGCUUUCAGAAUGACUGAACUUGUGCUUCAUCAUGAGAGAAUCAAUGUCUCGGAUUAUGAAAAUCUGACGAGCUGAAACUUUUCUCUUCAUGACCGUUAACACAUUUGCACUCUGUUGUUUUCAUUCUUUCAGGAAAGCUGCCAGAUGCGGUGAAUUUUUGGCUCGGAGAAGCAAACGCUGUCACGUCAAUGCACAAAGAUCACUAUGAGAAUCUCUACUGUGUCAUUUCUGGAGAGAAAAACUUCAUCCUGCUGCCGCCCACAGAUCGACCCUUCAUCCCCUACGGUGUUUACCAGCCGGCCGUUUACCAUCAGAAGGACGGCGGCGAGUUCGAGGUCGUCGAUCUGAGCGACUCUGAGAAGGUCCCCUGGAUCCCUCUGGACCCUCUGGACCCGGACCUGGAGCAGUACCCGCAGUACCGCAGAGCUCAGCCGCUCCACUGCAGCGUGAAGGCGGGAGAGAUGCUGUACCUGCCGUCCCUGUGGUUCCACCACGUCAGACAGUCGCACGGCUGCAUCGCAGUGAACUUCUGGUACGACAUGGAGUACGACAUCAAGUACAACUACUUCCAACUGCUGGAGACCCUGACUGAGGUCACGGGGUCAACUUGACAUCACAGCAGCUGUAUGAUCGUCGUCGUAUAAUAAUAUUGUGAAAUAAUGACAUGAAAAGACUGUAAAUAAAGUUUUUGUUUUAAACUCU